CCCAGACAGGACUGGAUGAAGGAGUUUGAAUCUACAGACACGUGGAAAGAAGACACUGAGAUCAGACAACAAGUACAGCAGAUCUACAAAAACAAUAUUCAUGUUCUAAUAGAGCGAUUCAAUCAGUCACAUGGUGUUCAUACGUAUCAGAGGAUGUAUGGAUGUGAUUGGGAUGAUCAGACUGGAGCUUCAGAAGGGUUUGAUCAGUACGGUUAUGAUGGAGAGGAUUAUGUCGCACUAGACGUGAAGGAGCUCAGAUACAUGACAGCUGUACCACAGGGAUUCAUAACAAUGGCCAAGUGGAAUAAUGACAGGCACCAGCUUGAAUUUCUACGACAAUACUAUGGACAUGAUUGCGUUUACUGGUUAAAACAUUUCUUGCCUUUGAGGAAAGUGGAUUUAGAGAGAAGAG